AAGAGUCCACACCAGCUCAACAUGGUUGGGGCUAAGAGUGCAUCAGCUCCAAGUCCGGUAAUGGGUCAGAUGCAUCCCAAUGAUGGAAUGCCAGGUGGACCAAUGCCACCUGGAUUCUUUCCGUUACCACCACAAGGUCAUAAUCCCAACAUGAUGGACACAGGACAGCCAUUUAUAUCACCGCGGUAUCCUGGUCCUCGUGGUCCCGUCAGAAUGCCUGCCAGCCAGCCCCCGACCCCUGUAGGAGUUGGGAAUUCUCCGUCAAUAAUGCCGAACUCAAUGGACUCGGUGAGGCAUCAACAAGGACAUCCAAAUAUGGGAAGCCCAAUGCGAAUGCCACAUCCCAGAAUGCCCAUGCAGCCUAAUUAUGGGCCAAUGCGGCCACCAAACAAUUCGAUGGGGCCAGGACCUGGUAUGCCGAUAUCCAUGGCUGGAGGUGGGGGUAGGCCCUGGCAAGCAAGCACACCGACGAUGAACUACUCUAAUUCUCCUCCUGUCAAUUUCUCUGGUCCACCAGGAGGAGGAGGCCCACCAGGAACACCGAUCAUGCCAAGUCCACAAGGCACACCGCAAGCACUCUCGUCAGAUCGACGAUUAUCACAGAAUAGUAACAGCCGACGAGGCUCACCUGGCUUGAUGGAAGGUAAUAGGAAACAAAGGAAACGAGAUUCAACUAACUCUGGAGAAAAUAUGUACCCUAUGAUGAAACCAGGAGGGGGAAAUAUGGGACCAGGAGGGAACAUGGGGCCAGGGAAUUUUCCAAUGGGUACCGGUCCUGAUGGACCAUUGUCCAUGGGAAGUCAGGAUGUGCCACCCAGCAUGAAUGGUAAGCAUACAGGGGAUCUGGACGGGAUGGGAAAGAGCUCGCCUAGCAAUGCCGCAGGUGCAACUGGACCAGGGACUCCGAGGGAAGGGGAUGGGGAGAUGGCGGGUCAAUUUUUACCACAUUUUCAAGACAAUGUAAGAACUGAAUCAGCUGUAAUUCAGAAAAUCAAAGAAUCCAUGCAAGAAGAGGCAAAACGGUUUGAAAAAGAUGGUGCGCCACCAGGUCCGCCCGACCAUCCUGACUACUUCAUGCAAUAGUCCCCUUUAUAUAUAUAUAUAUAUAAAUAUAUAUAUACACAUAUAUAAAUAUAUAUAUAUAUACAUAUA